ACAAAGAGAGUCGUCCAGUCCAAGCACCCACUUCAUCUGUUGCCUUGUGACAUCUCUCUCCGACUGCAAGACAUUGAGGGUCAUUCCAGGCAUGGCUACGAUCACCUGCACUCGCUUCAGUGAGGAAUACCAACUCUUCGAAGAACUAGGAAAGGGCGCUUUCUCCAUCGUCCGUAGGUGUGUGAAAGUUUUAUCGGGCCAGGAAUAUGCAGCAAAAAUUAUUAACACCAAGAAGCUUUCAGCUCGAGAUCAUCAGAAGCUAGAAAGAGAGGCUCGGAUCUGCCGUCUUCUGAAGCACCCAAACAUAGUGAGGCUGCAUGACAGUAUUUCUGAGGAAGGACACCACUACCUAGUGUUUGAUUUGGUUACCGGUGGAGAGCUGUUUGAAGAUAUCGUUGCCAGGGAAUAUUACAGUGAAGCAGAUGCAAGCCAUUGUAUUCAGCAGAUCCUGGAAGCUGUUCUACACUGCCACCAGAUGGGGGUGGUACACAGAGAUCUGAAGCCUGAGAACCUUUUGCUGGCUUCCAAAUUAAAGGGAGCUGCUGUCAAACUGGCAGACUUUGGCUUGGCCAUCGAGGUGGAAGGUGAACAGCAGGCAUGGUUUGGGUUUGCUGGAACGCCUGGUUACCUCUCCCCUGAAGUGCUAAGGAAAGACCCCUACGGAAAGGCUGUGGAUCUUUGGGCAUGUGGUGUCAUACUAUAUAUCUUACUUGUUGGCUACCCGCCUUUCUGGGAUGAAGAUCAGCACAGAUUAUAUCAGCAGAUCAAAGCUGGAGCUUAUGAUUUUCCAUCACCUGAGUGGGAUACAGUGACCCCAGAAGCUAAAGAUCUCAUUAACAAGAUGCUGACCAUCAAUCCUUCUAAGAGGAUUACUGCUGCUGAAGCUCUGAAGCACCCAUGGAUCUCACAUCGGUCCACAGUGGCUUCCUGUAUGCACAGACAAGAAACAGUAGACUGCCUGAAGAAGUUUAAUGCCAGAAGAAAGUUGAAGGGAGCUAUUCUGACCACAAUGCUUGCAACGCGCAACUUCUCAGGAGGAAAAAGUGGCAGUAACAAGAAGAAUGAUGGCGUCAAGAAAAGAAAGUCAAGUUCCAGUGUCCAGUUGAUGGAAUCUUCGGAGAGCACAAACACUACUAUUGAGGAUGAAGAUACCAAAGUGAGAAAACAGGAAAUUAUCAAAGUUACAGAACAACUGAUAGAGGCUAUUAGCAAUGGAGACUUUGAAUCUUACACUAAGAUGUGCGAUCCUGGAAUGACCGCAUUCGAGCCUGAAGCACUCGGGAAUCUUGUGGAGGGUCUGGACUUUCAUCGAUUCUACUUUGAGAACCUGUGGUCACGGAGCAAUAAACCCAUUCACACAACUAUUCUGAAUCCUCACAUACACCUGAUGGGAGAAGAAUCAGCCUGCAUUGCCUAUAUACGUAUCACUCAGUACCUGGAUGCUAGUGGAGUCCCUCGCACCGCCCAAUCAGAGGAAACAUGCAUCUGGCACCGUCGCGAUGGCAAAUGGCAAAAUGUUCACUUCCACCGAUCAGGAGCCCCGUCUGUUCUCCCGCACUGAAUCUACUGCGGUACCCUGACUUUUAUCAAGAUAGAAGAGGAAGCCCCAUUUAGACACAUGCACCUACCCCUCUCUCUCUCUGCACAAUUCUUAUCUGCCAAGUCACGCCUCACUUUAUUUAUUUUGCCACUGAGGGACCUGCUGACUGGGCUUAUCCGUUUUUUGAAUGUCCAUAACUCUUUGCCUGUGCGCAUGCACAGAGUGAAGUUCUGAUCUCCAACUAAUAGGAGGUAAGGGAGAGAGAGAGGGUGUGUCGCCUCUGAAUUAUUAUUUUUCUUUUCAAGAUGGGUGUCCUACAUCAGCUACAUAUUCAAACUACUGAUGCCUAAAUAUUUCCCCUCGUUUUUGUUUAGCUUUUAUCUUUGUAAGAAUUGAGUAGAUAUCAAUGUAUUUUCACAUCUUCAGCACGAUGGACAAUAUCAAAGUUAACCAUGACAGUAUUACCCCUUUUCAAUGGCCACUUGGAGUGAAUUUCAUUGUAAAAGAAAGCAGAUACAUCUUCUGUUGAAGAAAACUUGCUUUUUUUUCUUUUCGUUUCUUUUUUUUUUUUCUAGCACAAAAAUAAAACGUCACCUUCUUAUAGAAUUCAAAAAGCACAAGUUUGGGGGUUUUUUGAGUAUUUGAUUCUCUAACCAUUGCACAAGAAAGACGUAUACUCAGUUCUGCCAUUUUUUGACCCACCUCAUUU